AUGAUAUCCUUCACCAUCCUCACAACUGCUUUGCUAGUUUCUCUUCCCACUACCUUUGCAGCGCCUAGAGGCGUCACAUCGCUCAUUAAUCACGAAACUGUAGGGAAGCAACUCGAAGCCCGUCAAGGAGGUUACUACUCUUUCUGGUCUGAGGGAGGCGGCUCAUUCCGUUGCAGCCAACAAGGCGGCGGCAAGUACACGUGUAACUGGUCAGGCCAGGCCGGCGGUGGCUUCGUAGCUGGUACAGGCUUCAAGCCCGGAGGUUCGAGGACCGUAAAAUACGCAGGUACAUACGAUGCCAAAGGACCCGGUUACCUCGCCCUGUACGGUUGGACGCGCAAUCCCCUCAUCGAAUACUACAUCAUCGAAUCGUACGACAUCCUCGCACCCGGUGAACCUUGGACGCGCAAAGGCAACUUCACUUUCGAAGAAGGCACCUACGAGCUCUACACCAGUCAGCGUGUGAACAAACCAUCAAUCGAAGGUACACGCACCUUCACACAGUUCUGGUCAGUGAGAACAGAGAAGAGGGUUGGAGGUACUAUUACCACGCAGAAGCAUUUUGAUGCAUGGAGUAAGGCGGGAAUGAGACUUGGUGGUCACGAUUACAUGAUCCUUUGUACGGAAGGUUUCGCGAAUGGGACCCUACUGCCGAGUGGAAGUAGCACCAUCACGGUAAGCUAG